AUGUCUGCAGCUCAUACGUACAGGUCGGUGGUGCGCAGUAUUGUGAAGUUCGAGAGGCCCAAUGUUCUGCAACAGCUGGCCAAGAAGCAGAAGGAGGACAUCGCUAAGCUUACAUACAGGCGUAUCCAGGUGGUACGUGACCAGAUGACGCACAAGAGCGAUCCUGUGAAGCUGAAAGAAUUGAACAAGGAGGCCAUCCUGCUCGGUGCGCAGGUGGAGAAACUAAAGAAGUGGGACCCUGCGAGAGAUAAACGUGCGUUGUUCAUGAAAGAUAGAGACUUGGUUCGAGAUAUUGUAAUGUCUAGUCUCCAGGAUACAAGAUCGAAGAGCCACUUGAAAAAUAUCGAGAUGUUCUUGACUAACCAAAGAGAGUACGAGGAAUUGAUAGAGAGAUACAAUCCCGGUAAAAAACUGUCUCAGGAUGAGAAAGUCAAGAGAACUGCUAAUAAAGUUGGCCUGGAGAUCCCCCCUGAUCUUGUAUAA